CCGCCUGCGUCUCGCGGCGUUCUCGCAGCGCAAAGGGCAGUCGUCAACACGAGCUCGACGGAGCCUGGCGAGCCUCUUGGAGCGUGCAAUAAGCACAUACAAGCACCAUGGUGCGACUGGUGGGCCAGACACUGCUCUACACGACCAGCUGCUUUGCCUCACUUGGCGUGUUCCUCUUUGGCUAUGAUCAAGGCGUCAUGUCGGGCAUCAUCACAGGACCGUACUUCAAGAGCUUCUUUCACCAACCGACGAGGUACGAGCUCGGCACAAUGGUAGCGAUACUCGAAGUAGGAGCCUUCAUCACGAGUUUGCUCGCCGGUCAAGUAGGCGACAUCUUUGGGCGCAAGAAGACACUCUUCUGGGGCGCAGUCAUCUUUACUGCCGGCGGAGCUGUGCAAAGCUUUACCAAUGGCUUUCCUCUCAUGGUCUUUGGACGCGUCCUCAGUGGCUUUGGCGUCGGCUUUCUCUCCAUGAUCGUACCCGUCUAUCAAAGCGAAAUCUCGCCAGCUGAACAUCGUGGUCAACUUGGCUGCAUAGAAUUCACAGGCAAUAUUGCCGGUUAUGCUUCAUCAGUGUGGAUUGACUAUUUUUGCUCUUAUAUCGAAGGCGACAUGUCCUGGCGACUGCCGCUUCUGAUUCAAUGUGUCAUCGGCACUAUCCUCGCUCUGGGCUCUCUGAUCAUUCCUGAAUCGCCUAGGUGGCUCCUCGACACAGAUCAGGACGAAGAUGGCAUGGUCGUCCUCGCAGACCUCCAUGGCGGUGGCGACGCCUCGCAUCCCAAAGCAAAGGCAGAGUUCAAGGAAAUUAAAGAAGCGGUCAUUACAGAGAGAUCACAAGGCAGUCGAUCUUACGUGACCAUGUGGAAGCGCUACAAGCAGCGCGUCCUACUUGCCAUGUCUGCUCAGGCGUUUGCUCAGCUCAAUGGUAUCAAUGUCAUCUCAUACUACGCCCCACUUGUUUUCGAGCAAGCCGGUUGGGUUGGAAGGGACGCCAUCCUCAUGACCGGCGUCAACGGUAUGGUUUACAUCGCCAGCACAAUCCCUCCAUGGUACCUCGUCGACCGCUGGGGGCGUCGGUUUAUCCUCAUGGCAGGUGCAUUGACGAUGAUGGUCUUCCUCAUCCUCAUUGGCUAUUUCAUGUAUCUCGACACGUCCUACACGCCGACAGCUGUCGUCGUCUGUGUCAUCAUUUACAAUGCCUGUUUCGGUGCCAGCUGGGGUCCAAUCCCCUGGCUGUAUCCGGCAGAGAUCAUGCCGCUCGCCUUUCGUGUCAAAGGCGUCUCGAUCUCGACUGCAACAAACUGGGUAUUCAAUUUUGUCGUUGGCGAAGCUACCCCAAUCCUGCAAGACGCGAUAAGAUGGCGACUCUAUCCGAUGCACGGCUUUUUCUGCGCAUGCAGCUUUAUCCUCGUCUUCUUUACCUAUCCCGAGACAGCUAAUGUGUCACUCGAAGAGAUGGACGAGCUCUUCAAUGACGCCGGCACUUCUAGGUCUCAGGAGAGACAGUCACUCAUGCGCAGCGGCUCAAACGGCGUGCCAGAAUCUGCUAUCCAGCCGCCAAGAAUAGAAGCAGGCCAGAGCAAGACUGCGCGAUCGAGAGAACAAUCGCCUGCCCCCAGUGACGGCAAAGCUGCGCCUUUACAUCAGCGGGCGUUAGACUUUGUCCUCAAUCGAAAGCCGCCGAGCGGGAGAAGUCGGGCGGACUACGAGCAGGUACAAGGCAGAUCGGACGAAGAGGACUUUGUCCUAGGUGCCGAAUCUGACGAGGAACAAGAUAUCUCGACCGGCAAAACAUCCGAGUUCCGCCAAACGAGGACAGCCUCGCCAGGGCGGGACCUCCGACCGUCUGACCUACCUCUGUCGCCCCCAUUCUUGUGCACGCGCGCAUUCGGAAAGACCGUUGAGCUCAGUCUCGCAUCCUGGCCACUCGCCCUUUGCAGUUCCGCUUAUCCCAUCCGUGACACACUCGCCAGCUGACGAUCGUGUAUGCCGACACGACGACUGCUGGCAGUGCGAAAGACGGCAAUCUCAUUUGUAGCACGAUCGGCAAUAAUGACCACUGACAACAAGAAAGCAAGAC